AUGAGUGUUAAAUUAUUUGUUUAUUCUCAGGAACAAGUUGAAGUGCCUAGCCCACCGCCUGCUUACGAAACUGUUGUCGAAGGAACAUCGAUUCAAAAGGACUGCCAUACAUUACAGGAUACUGUAACCCAGCCUUGUCUGACAUGUAAUGAUGGAGAACGAUGCGACAGUGAUCUACCAUCAUACGAAGCCGCAGUCAUGCUGAGGGACACCAAGUUAUAA